AUCCUGAUAAGAACAAAGAUAAUUUUUCUCUAUAUCAGAAAAGUGUGUCAUAUCCUAUCAGUAUUUUUGUCUACCUGUAAUACAAUAAAUACUUUUUAAUAUAGUAAUUUCACUUGAUGGGUGUGGUAUUAAGAUGACUAACAAAACAAAAGUGUAUUGCGUUUGCGUUUAGUCUACAGUACCUCGUGGUAAAGCGAAGAAACCCAUGGCUUUAAAGGUGGGCUUUUUCACCUGAAGUGACGUCAGCCAGGUAAACGAAACCAUAGACGAUCGAAAAUGGCGCCGACAAGACAACAACAGAUCGAACUGAUUUUAUUAUUAGUGAUAGUGUUUGUUAGUGACAUAAUAUUGGCUCAGUACGACGAGUAUGGGGGGUACAGGCCAAAAACUUACCAAACAAAUCAGCAAAGUUAUUAUAGUGGAUCACAAUAUAAUAUUCCCAACCCAGGGGAUAAAGAUUACAGGACAUUUGUUUAUAAAGGCCGAAGAUAUGGCCAGCAGAAUAAUUAUUACUACGGGGUGCCAGGCGAUCCUAGAAUAAGAGGCCAAGACGAAAGAUUCUCUUACGAUAGACAAGGAAACGCUGAACCUAUCCUUCCUGGCAUUCUUGGAGGAUGGCGCGAAGACCUCCAAGGCAAACGACGCGAACAAACCAAAGAACUACAAAGGGACAUUUUUGUAAAAACGACCUACGGAGAUGUCCAAGGUUUCCAAGUCUAUCUCUUUGAUAACCCUGAUCCAGACUCCCUAUAUCGCCCAGGAUCGGAAUUCAUCGAAAGACAAAUGGGUGUAACCAGCGUGUUUUUGGGAAUACCCUAUGCACAAGCUCCCAUCAACGAAGGACGAUUUAAGCCACCAAGACUACACAGAGGUUUUCAAAUUGUUCAGGCUGUUGAUUUUGGUCCGGCCUGUCCCCAACCAGCCAGAUACACAGGGACUAACUCUGGAAUCCGUGACAUGGAUGAGGAUUGUCUUUACUUAAACAUCUUCUCCCCAAAUGUGAAUGAAGGUGCAGGUCAAAAAUAUCCAGUUAUGGUUUAUAUCCACGGUGGAGACUUCAUCCAUGGAGCGUCCAACACAUUUCCAGGGCAUAUCAUGGCGACGUUUUUUAAUGUUAUAGUUGUCACGUUCAACUAUCGGUUAGGAGCUUUAGGUUUCCUCAGCACCGGCGAUAUAAACUCACCGGGAAACUACGGAAUUCUGGAUCAAGUUAUGGCAUUGCAGUGGGUGUAUGAUAAUGCAGCGAAAUUCAAUGGAGACCGAGAAAGCAUCACGUUAUUUGGUCCAGGAGCAGGUGCGGCUUCUGCUGGAUUGCUGAUGGUAGCGCCCCAAACCAGAAACAUCGUCACCAAAGUCAUAGCUCAAAGUGGAUCGGCUGUGGCUGACUGGUCAAUGAUCUUCGACCGUUAUAGAGCUCAAAACACGAGUAGAGUAUUCGGAAGACAAAUGGGCUGCAGCAUUGAGUCCUCUUGGCGUUUAAUCAACUGUUUAAGAAACUCAAGAAGCGCCUUUGAAAUAGGAAAUGCAGAAUUUCCCCCGGAAGUAGGUAUUUUUCCAUGGUCGCCGGUGAUGGAAAUGAAUUUGUCCAUGCCGUACUAUGAAGGAUGGUACGAAAAGGAUUGGCAUUUCAUAGAUGAAAGCGCCGAGAGUUUGAUAAGGAAGCGUAUGUUUAAUAGUGGGCUGAGAUAUAUGACGAGCGUCACUUUGCAGGAAGCUGCAACAUUCAUAACAACCAACCGAAGUCUAGCACCUACAUAUGAAAUUGACCAAGGGUUCUUUGAUCAAAAAGUCUGGGAAUUAGUUUUACGAUAUAACUAUACAUUAAAUCCUAAUGGAACAUUCGACGCGAUCAAGUAUAUGUACACUUACUGGCCUGACCCUCACAAUGUUACUAUGAUCAGGGAAAAGUACAUUCAGCUUCUUUCAGAUUUCCUUUAUACCGCACCAAAUGACAAAAUGAUUAAGUUACUGGUGGAACAAAAUGUCCCUGUAUACAUGUACGUCUUAAAUACCACAAUAGAAUCGUUCAACCUACCCGAAUGGCAGAAAGUGCCACAUGACAUCGAACACUAUUUACUGUGUGGUGCUCCAUUCCUAGAUGUGGAAAUGCUUCCUACUAAUGAACGAUUCACCAGAGAUCGAUGGACUAAUAACGACAGAAAUAUGAGCUAUUUCUUCAUGAAGGCCUACACUGAUUUCGCCAGGUAUGGCAACCCAUCUUACACGCAGAUAUUAGGGCUACAUUUUGAAGAAUGCAAAAAUGGGCAGUUAAAAUAUCUGAAUCUGAAUACAACAUACAAUUCUUCAAUAAUGUGGAACUUCAGACAAACGGAAUCGGCAUUUUGGACCAUGUACAUUCCUCGAGUCGUUGGGCAUUUAGUUCCUACAUAUCCACCUACUACUGAGUUCUGGUGGGAACCUCGAACACCGCUGCAAAUAGCAUUUUGGAGCAUUUGUGUAUUUUGUUUGCUGCUAAUUGUGUUAUUAGUGCUUUGCUGUAUGUUAUGGAGAAACGCAAAGAGGUAAGAAAGGUCUUCAGAUCGUUACUACAACAACACGUUUCUGUACCCAUCAGACACAGAAAACGAUGAUGGUAUUGAAAACACACGGUCAACAGAAAUGUACCAAGAAAAAUACGUUCCUCCAGCAAGGACCAAUAGUGCCUCAUCAUUCCAAACUGUUUCUUUAAAAGAAUUACAAAGCUUUGUGUCACACAGUCCCAAUGGAGAACGCAAAUUACCAAGAAAGUCAACGCCAGUACUUGAACAGCGAAACAGAACAAAAUCUCAAUCGACUUUAUCACAGGGAGUGCCACAAACCGAUGUUUGAGACAUUUUUGGAAGAACAAAAACGACUUAAGUGCCAAACUAAUUUAUCUCUGCUAAUUCUGUAAACCACUGUGUUCUGUGGCAACAUUUUCUGUAAACAGUGGCAUAUUCAGAACGUUAGCUGGAAAAGGAAUAUUUCUGAUGUAUAUAUUUUGAUUAGAAUGGACAAUAUAUCCUUUUACAAGGUACCAAAGAAGCUAUAUUAAAUAGAAACACCUUAAAACACUUUUUGAAAGUGGAUUCUGGUAAAGGAUUAUUUUGGUAAUUAAAACAUAUUGAAAAUACGUUUUCUGGAUAUGCCUCAUCCAUGAAAUGUUAGUCAAGUAUCAUGACCGUCCCUGUAUAUUUUAAAAACCUGUUAGUACUAAGAUUUUUAUAUACCUGUAUAUAAAGUUAUAUUUUUGAUGAGAGCUUGUUAUAAAAUAACAACUGCUACCAAAGAAAAUUAAAACAAAAACAUUUUGCACUAUAUAUUUAACACAAAUAUCAUUGUAUAGAUCUCAAUAAAGUAAUCUUUUUUU